GAUGGCUCUUUAGCUUCACCACAAAUUUUAUUGAUCAUAAAUGCUUCAAGCAGUACGUUGAAGGAGAAGACCACAUCAGCAUCGAUGAAAACCAUAUCGUAACAAUAAGUAUAAUUUGUUGGCAAGAACCGCUAAUACAAGAUUAGAAUCCAUGUUUAAGAGAUUCCAGGUUUUUUGUGCUAGACACGCGUCGUCAACCAGUCAACCACUCCGUAUACUUUAUUUAGGUUAUUUCACGCAUACUCGUACAUACAUUACACACAUAUAUUACGCUUCAACACAUUCUUACAUCAAAGUAUCUAUUUCACAUGACGCGUAUUUAGCAAUACGCUUAAAUAAUAACAACCAAUCGAUUUAUUUCUGUUGUAUUGUACAACAGAAGUCCUGAUCUGUUAUUGGUCAGGCUUGUUACGCUUUAUGCGCAUUUAACGCAAAGUACGCGCCAUGUAAAAUGGAAUUUUCAGAAUAGCGUACAUUCUAGUAAUUUACUAGAAUACGCAGUGUGCCUAUUCCAGCUACUCACUAGGUUACGCAGGUUACGUUUACGCAAGUUACGCUCCAUGUAACGGCACCCUCACUCUCGUUGGUUAUGAUUCGUCAGUUCGAUACUUUUUUUUAUUUAUAUAGGUUAUGCACCAGUGUGUCGGCAGUGGCACGAGCAGCAGUACGCGUGUGACGGUUUUCUUCGAGCUCGAAGAAUAAACUCUCGUUAAACAGCAGUAUUUAUUGAAAUCUGAGUGUUGCGCUCGGAAAUUAUCGUCCGAAAUGUCGCAGCAAACUGCUAUCGUGCAGACGACCAAUACGAGUUCCGAUAUGACACCUGUGCUCGGAACUCUGCAGUCCGUAGGUCCUAACAAUCAAACCACGCCGGCUUUACCAAACCUGCAAAACAGCAGCAGCACCACGCCGACCACUGUGCAACCGCAGACGCAGUCUCAACAAACUCAGUAUAUCUCGCAACCGCCGACGCAAGUUCAGAAACAAACGCAACCGUCAUCCACCUUUUUGACAAAGACAAGAUUGCAAGAUUUAGUAAGGGAGGUAGACCCUACUGAACAGUUGGACGAGGAAGUCGAAGAAACGCUUUUGCAAUUGGCAGACGACUUUGUAGAGACCACGGUAAACGCAGCUUGCUCGUUGGCCAAGCAUCGUCAUGCGAACACUGUAGAAGUUAAAGACGUGCAGUUGCAUUUGGAGAGAAAUUGGAACAUGUGGAUUCCUGGUUUUGGUACGGAUGAAGUACGCCCAUACAAACGAGCUACUGUCACGGAAGCCCACAAGCAGAGAUUAGCGCUUAUAAGAAAGUCUAUCAAGAAAUAUUAAUCUUAUAAAUUUACAUUUAGAUCAUUAAUCUCAUGACUUUGUUCAUCGCAUUUUAUACGUUUAUAACAAUCUCGUCAUGCUUCAUAGUAUUGAAUGCCUCUAAACAUUCAUCUCGUGCAUCUUAUAAUUUUUUCUUUUAUAUGCUGAUUGUAAUAUAGUCUUAUCAAAAUAAAAAUGCGCUUUGUUAUGAGAAUUGUAAAUACUUGUAAGAUUGUACAUUGUCACUGUAAAUAAUCAUGUUUCUACAAUAAAAUUAGAACAUUACAGAAUUUCAAAA